GUCAAGAAUGCCUUAGAAGAGUUGUGAAAACAGCCAGCCCGAGGAGGGGAGUCAUGCAGUUGCGGAUGCAGCUCUCCCGCCGAGCCACAAGCCAGUCAGGGAGAAGAGAGGGUGUGUGAGAGCAAGACAGAGGGAGAGUGUGUGAGAGUGUGUCAGGACCAGAGGCUCCAAAGGACGUCACACACACUCCCAGAGAGAGAGGGAAACACGCCGUCACAGGAAGGCGUCUAUCCUCACGCGUUUUUGGGGGGCUGUGGAAGAGUCAACAGCCUCUGACAGAAGUGAGUAUUCCUGAGGUGGAUGCAGUGAGACAUGAUGUGCAUUUAGUCAGCUGCAGUGGAUGACAGAUUUCCAAACCUAACUGACUUUCUGAGGGGGGUUUCCAGCUCCUCUGCAAGGAAAAGACUCGUAAUCAGACAUUAAUCAAGAUUGUGUGAAGUGUUUUUACUCACCAUGGAUCAGCCAGCCAGCAGCUGCAUGCGGAGCGCCCACCCCAGCAGCCCGAUCUGGGGCUGCAUGAGGAACCCUCACUCAGGGGUCCCGGGAGCCAACCUGCAAUCGCCCUACCAGCAGGCCCCGUUCUCCCUCCACCAGAAACCCGACUUCCUGGCCUACACAGACUUCUCCAGCUCCUGCCUGGUGCCGACCGCGCCACACGCAGCCUUCCCCCGCGACGACAGACUGUACCAAGAGAGCCAGGGGGGUUACCAGAGAGCCGACUGGCAGUUCAACCCCUGUGAGACGCGGGUGAGAGCGCCCGAGGCCUGCCCGCCUGUCGUCGCCCCCGUAGCGGUAGGCGGUGGCGCAGGGCCUGAGCUGGACAGUGUAGGGGGAGACAGGCUUCCAGGGGCCGUGCCAGGGUGCCUGGAGGGAGAAUACUCACCUCAGAGCGUGGCGUCGGCCGACUCAGACAAGAAGAGCUCCAAUAAGAGGAAGAGAGAUGUCACAGAUAUCCAGGAGUCCAGUUUUAAGGUGGACUCCAGCUGUAAGGCCCGGAAAGAGCGCACAGCGUUCACCAAGGAGCAGCUGAGGGAGCUGGAGGCUGAGUUCACCCAUCACAACUACCUGACCAGGCUCCGCCGCUACGAGAUCGCCGUCAACCUGGACCUCACAGAGAGACAGGUGAAAGUUUGGUUCCAGAACAGGAGGAUGAAGUGGAAGAGAGUGAAGGGAGGACAGUCGUCUUCACCCAACGACCUGGAAAAUGAUGACAUAGAUUCGGCCGCCUCGCCCAGCUCUGAAUGAACAGAAGGUGGCCGGCAUAUGAAAAGAGAGACUGGGAGUCGACUGGACGCCGACGCAGCACAAUGCAACCUUCAUUUCUCUGGAAAGCUGCAGGAAUCAAAUGAGACUCUUUUUAAUCAGCGAGCAUCUCCUAUGUUGUUGUAAAUAGUUGAUUUACGUCCACCAUGAACUGCAUUUUGAUCUUGAUAAGUACUCUGGUCCAGAGGCCGCCUCUUGUUGCAUUAAAUAUUAGAGAUGAUUCUUAUGGUCACUGCAUUUCAGUGACAGAGUCCAGACAGAAGCUCUGAGGCCAGUGACGACAUAUCAGACCGUGAUGUGAUUGUGUUUGAGAGCAUCCCCGUUGGUUCCAGUAUUGUAAUCAUGGCCUUUGACGCUUGACUACAACCACCUGGGAAAACUCAGACAGCACAAGUGUUGCCAAGCCAUAAGUGCCUCUGAAUCAGAUGAUUUUUUUUUUUUUUCAUUUUGUCAGUUUCUUUUUCCUAGAAUAUAGUUGUUUUUUUUAAUCUGUCAAGCUUUUUUUUUUACUAUUCUUUUUUAUACACGUUGGAUGUUAUUGAUAAAACACAGAUGUUGCCUGUUUCUGCAAAUAGAAUAAAUCAUCUGCUGCAAAAUGGGAAAAAA